AGUGUUUUUAAUAAUGAUUUUACUGUAGGUCUUAAACUAAAUGCACGUUAUCAAAAUAAAAUUUGAUUUGCUUUGUCUGCGUGCACAUUGUCUUCAAGCAUAGCAGGUUGAACUUUGAUCAAAAGCACGAAUUAUUUUUAUCACACCGUCUCUGUGACUAAAAUAUGACAAGUGGGGCGGGUAAUUUGCAUUCUGCAUCCUUCAAAGCUGACUUGUCGAAAGUUCUGUCAACUGACGCCAAAGAUGCUGUGCUAAGAUGGGCGGACACUGCGCCAGAGGAAGAGCUGAAAGUUGUCACUAAGUUCUUCCAACAGGUGGGUCAAGACGAAGCUGGUAAGCGACUGGACAACAUGCCCAAUUUGGACAAGUUGCGUAAUGCUGACGUCAUCCGAAUAAUUAGAGACAGGAGCAAACGACUGCGUCUUCUCAGCCCAGAGACCCGAAAGAAAAAGUUUGAGAAACAGACUUGGCAUCACAUGCCUCCCACGAAGACAGGGCCAUACGAGUGUCUACAGUCUCACUACUGCAACAUCAAACCCCCCAUGAGGAGACACUACGUCUACCAUCCGGACUUAUACCCCUAAAUGACCAUACAUGGCCUUACAUGACAACUCUAACAAUGACAACAUCGCUAAAACAUGCCACAAUAACAAACACCAUACAUGAAUAUGUGACUAUGAAAUGCUAUAAAUGUAUGGACAUUAAAUACUUGUUCUAUGCAAACUCUUUUAAAUCUGUCACUCACUCCAGCUAGCUAAUUUCGCCUUAGAUUAGUUAACAAAGCGUAUUUUUACAGUGUUUA